UGUUCAAUUUGUUAUUUUUGUCCUUUCAUUUCUCCAGAAGUAAAGAACGCUCUGCUGCAAGUCUUUUCAUGCUCCACAUGCCCUCGUUCCGAUGCAUCUCCAAUUUACCUCGACAAGCAUAUCCAGAGAUGCCACUAUGAAGAGUACGUGAGACUGCGAGAAUCAGGAGAGAUUAAAUAUAAGCUUCAGAUCCCCUCCAAAUGCUCCAGUCAUCAACCAACAUCAACUGAUAUUAUCCAUUCUGAUACUUCCCAUAAUGAUAUACAGAAGGAAAUUCACCACUGCUCAGAUUGUAGAAAGAGUUUUAGUUAUCAGAAUGCACUCAAGACACACCAGCGCAUUCACACAGGAGAGAAGCCGUAUCACUGCUCACAGUGUGGGAAGAGUUUUGCUCGUCAGAGUGAUCUCCAACGACACCAGCGCAUUCACACAGGAGAGAAGCCGUAUCACUGCUCACAGUGUGGGAAGAGUUUUACUCAGCAGAGUGCUCUCCAACGACACCAGCGCAUUCACACAGGAGAGAAGCCGUAUCACUGCUCACAGUGUGGGAAGAGUUUUACUAGUCAGAGUUAUCUCCGACUACACCAGCGCAUUCACACAGGAGAGAAACCGUUUCACUGCUCACAGUGUGGGAAGAGUUUUACUCGUCAGAGUUAUCUCCGACUACACCAGCGCAUUCACACAGGAGAGAAGCCGUAUCACUGCUCACAGUGUGGGAAGAGUUUUACUCAUCAGAGUCAUCUCCGACGACACCAGCGCAUUCACACAGGAGAGAAGCCGUAUCACUGCUCACAGUGUGGGAAGAGUUUUACUCAGCAGAGUAAUCUCCAGCAACACCAGCGCAUUCACACAGGAGAGAAACCGUAUCACUGAUCACAGUGUGGGAAGAGUUUUACUCAGCAGAGUAAUCUCCAGCACAUUCACACAGGAUAGAAGCCGUAUCACUGCUCACAGUGUGGAAAGAUGUUUGCUUGUUUAGUUACAUUUUAGACCUUCAAGUGCACUAACUCAGAGAUACUGCAUGAUUUAAAGUUGUCAAAUUAAAUAUGGUUGUUACAAUUUUGACUGAAAAUGACCUGUACUUUGAACUUUAUUGUUCAUGUUACACUGGUCAACAAUUUUUCAGAAGUUGUCUGCUUCAUAGAUGAAAUUGGCUAUUAUGAAAUUUGGUGUGUUGAAUUAGAAGUGACAGUUAAUCAGCUGAUUGGCUAUGGCUUCCAUGAUAUUUAAGAUUUUAAAUUUUAUACUUAUGUACAUUGUGUAGAUCAUAAUAUUUUAAAUAUAAAUUGUAAAACUAGGUCUCUUCAUGUGUUUAUGGUCCGUUU